CAACAUAAGGGAGAGCUCUGGACAGUUUGAGCAGCAUUGUUAGAGCCUGUGGAAAACACUUUACAACUGUGUAACUGUCUUCAUCUUUACAGAGGAAUAGUCUACAAAGGAAGACUUGUAACCUGGAGAAGAGGUUCCUGGGCUUCACUCCAGUUGCUCUGAAAUGAAAGCUGUAGGAGUCGGCUGGUGAAACUACAUUUUGUUUCUCAGGCACUGCCCUCUGAACUGGAACAAAAAGCAACUUCCGGUUGGAGUCACUCGGCCAGGCGCCGGCGACCUGAGGGGAGAGGGAGCGCAGCUGAAAGCGUGAACUGUACCUGUCAUUUACUCCAUCCUUUAUAGUGAUGCUACAGGACGAAGAGGAAUGGAUAAAAACAUUGGCGAGCAACUCAAUAAAGCGUAUGAAGCCUUCCGGCAGGCAUGCAUGGAUAGAGAUUCUGCAGUAAAAGAAUUACAGCAAAAGACUGAGAACUAUGAGCAGAGAAUACGUGAACAGCAGGAACAGCUGUCACUUCAACAGACUAUUAUUGACAAGCUAAAAUCUCAGUUACUUCUUGUGAAUUCCACUCAAGAUAACAAUUAUGGCUGUGUUCCUCUGCUUGAAGACAGUGAAACAAGAAAGAAUAAUUUGACUGUUGAUCAGCCACAAGAUAAAGUGAUUUCAGGAAUAGCAAGAGAAAAACUACCAAAGGUAAGAAGACAAGAGGUUUCUUCUCCUAGAAAAGAAACUUCAGCAAGGAGUCUUGGCAGUCCUUUGCUCCAUGAAAGGGGUAAUAUAGAGAAGACUUUCUGGGAUCUGAAAGAAGAAUUUCAUAGAAUAUGCAUGCUAGCAAAAGCACAGAAAGACCACUUAAGCAAACUUAAUAUACCAGACACUGCAACUGAAACACAGUGCUCUGUGCCUAUACAGUGUACGGAUAAAACAGAUAAACAAGAAGUGCUGUUUAAACCUCAGGCUAAAGAUGAUAUAAAUAGAGGUGCACCAUCCAUCACAUCUGUCACACCAAGAGGACUGUGCAGAGAUGAGGAAGACACCUCUUUUGAAUCACUUUCUAAAUUCAAUGUCAAGUUUCCACCUAUGGACAAUGACUCAACUUUCUUACAUAGCACGCCAGAGAGACCCGGCAUCCUUAGUCCUGCCACGUCUGAGGCAAUGUGCCAAGAGAAAUUUAAUAUGGAGUUCAGAGACAACCCAGGGAACUUUGUUAAAACAGAAGAAACUUUAUUUGAAAUUCAGGGAAUUGACCCCAUAGCUUCAGCUAUACAAAACCUUAAAACAACUGACAAAACAAAGCCCUCAAAUCUUGUAAACACUUGUAUCAGGACAACUCUGGAUAGAGCUGCGUGUUUGCCACCUGGAGACCAUAAUGCAUUAUAUGUAAAUACCUUCCCACUUCUGGACCCAUCUGAUGCACCUUUUCCCUCACUCGAUUCCCCGGGAAAAGCUAUCCGAGGACCACAGCAGCCCAUUUGGAAGCCCUUUCCUAAUCAAGACAGUGACUCGGUGGUACUAAGUGGCACAGACUCAGAACUGCAUAUACCUCGAGUAUGUGAAUUCUGUCAAGCAGUUUUCCCACCAUCCAUUACAUCCAGGGGGGAUUUCCUUCGGCAUCUUAAUUCACACUUCAAUGGAGAGACUUAAGACACAUUUGAAAACAGACAUAUCAAGUUCUAUGUGAUGAUUUUGGGUUUUUAAUACUAUAAAUACUUGAUUGUAAACUAAAUUCAAGAUCAUUUAUAGGAAAAUCUAGUUUCACAGCUAUUUGAAUUUUUUUCUGGAUUUACUAUAUAACUCUUAUUUUUUAAAAGAUCAUUCUGUUCUUUCAAGGAGAAAUAAGCCUAAAAGAAGAAAAACAAAAAAAAAUUCUGUAUAAAACUGUAAUCCUUUGUAUUCAUGUUUACAGUGCUAUUACUAUAAUUCAAAAUUAUGUAUGUGACUUAGAGUUAUAUAAUCAUAAUUUAUGUUUAUUUCAAAUAUCUAAGUUUAUUGCUUGGAUUUCUAGUGAGAGCUGUUGAAUUUGGUGAUGUCAAAUGUUUCUAGGGUUUUUUUAGUUUGUUUUUAUUGAAAAAUUUAAUUAUUUAUGCUAUAGGUGAUAUUCUCUUUGAAUAAACCUAUAAUAGAAAAUAGCAGACAACAUAAACAUCUUUGUAAAUAUCAAACCUAAUACAUUUCUUGUCCAGUGAUAAAACAACUGGUAGAAUUAUUUAAACACUUUAGAUUUUUAAAUAAUAUACAUGGCUUUAAUUUUUACUGUGUGUAUAGCUACAUGAUGAAAUUAAUUAAAUAUUAAGAGGUA